GCCAAGUUUUACAACGAUGAGAGCCGUGCACGGCGAGAAAAUUGACUGUUGUGCGCUCUCAAGCGUAGACGCCUUUGUGGACAGGAAACUGAUUAGAAUUUGCCCGAGGAAUUCGAGCGUGGAGGGAUAUCCGUUGCCAUUGGAUACUUCGUUUUAUAGGAUUGGCAAAGAAUAUUCGUCAGCUGCGUUUCCUGCCUGAGGGCUUGUAUUACGUGCGAACAGCUCAGACGAUUCGAUUCCUGAAAUAAGUGGUGUUGUGGUAGAAUCCAUUAUUUAGUGAGAUAGUCGGGUCAGACAUUUUUUAUGUGACCGACGCCAUUUGCAGAAAUUUAAAAGGACUUAUCGAUUUUUUUAUGUGGACUUAGAAUUUUGUCACGGGAUAGCGUACAAGUUGAUAACUAUAAUUUAUCGACUCUAUUGUGAUGGAAGUAGCGGGUUACGUCAUAUUUUAAUACGGAUUAAAUAUCUGUGAGAAAGAUGUACAUAAAAAGAAGUUUGAUAGGACAUAAAGUCUGAUGCAUUGUCCUCCUAAUGAAGUUUCUCAUAAGGUACAUAUAGCAUGCAGAAUAUGCAAAUAAAAGCAGAAAAACAAGAUUCUGGAUACCGUGUUGCUAGUGAGGUACAACCUUCACCAGGAUUGCCCUCCCAUAAUGGAGGUCCCCCUUCCCACCCCUCACAAUUAAACAAUGGUUAUAGACACAUGCCCCCUCAGCUGUACUCAGCCUAUGGCCAAGUUCCUGGCCAGUUUCCACCACCCCCAAAUCUCCAGGGAGGACAGCCACCAUAUUUCCCACCGCCCACAACGGUAUCAGUGGCACAAAGGAGUCAAGUCACAAAUGGAGUAAGUGGUGAACAAGAUGCAGAAAAAUUAAAAGUAUCAGAAAAUCAAAUAGACUUCUCUAGUGUUAAAGGGAUUUUUGGAUGGACUACAGUUGAUGGGGUGAAUGUGCCUUAUAUAUUUAGAAAAGACAAACAAUUUGUCUCGGUUCGUAUUGUGGAACAAAAACUUCUCAGCAAGUAUCCAAAUUCGUAUCCAGAUGAACUGGGCAAACAUCAACCAUUGACAAGUUAUUUCAUUACAAUACAUGAAGCCAAACUAUUGAAUGAAAUCAAUAAUGUGCACUGUGGUGGUGAAUUCGGCCAAAAACAGUUUAAUUCCAAAGAUUUAAUUGUGCUAUUAGAGGACUUUGUGGAUUUUUACAAUCUUGUUAAAAAGACUUUUCCAGAGGGCAAGCAAAGUGAAUCUAAUGCUAAUGGGUCUUUGGUCUCAUCACCUUUGCAGUCCAUGCAAGUGAAUCUAAAGCCAACAGAUGAUAACAAUGAACCUUGUGGGUGGAUACAAGUGAACAAUACUGUGACUCCCUAUGUUAGAAGAGUUGAAUAUGGAAAGUUUGUCCCACUAUCUGUCAUGAAGUAUGCAGCUGCUCUAAGUAUUCCAGAAAAGGGUGUACUGCCCUCUGAGGAAGAAUGUGAAUUGUUGAACAAAGCUUGCAAACUGGCUGGCUUUAACUUUACUUUUUCCAUGACAACAAGAAUCAUAUGUUUGACAGACAUAUUGAAACACUGCAAAGUUCACAUCAUGGAACUUCCAAUGGAAAAUCCACUACAGCAUGCACAGUAUUUAGAUCUCCCAUCAUCCACCUCGUGCACCUCCCCAGUCUCGGCAGGAAGUCCAUCCACAGUGAUAUCAUCCAUGUCCGGACAGACGCAAGUGUCAACACAACCAUCUCCACAAACAAUGAGACCAGACAUUUCUGAGAUAUCAGGAGUCUCCACUGAUAAACAACUUACACCUGAACAAGCCACUCAUUACCCACCUCCUGGUCCGUACAUGGCACCAACCUAUCCUUACAUGGAUCCCCGAUAUGUGUUUACCUAUAACAGACAUCCUAUGUACCCAGUAAAUUAUGGUCCUCCUAAUGUGACUGUUAAUCAGCCUCAUCCUAGCUUCCCACCUGGAAGUAGACCCCCAUACCAAAAUGGACAUUUCCCAGUAGGACAACAAAGUAGUUCUUAUCCAUCUCAAGAUCAGUUGAGACCAUCUAAUUCUCCAAUCAGGAGCCCAAAUGCUGGUGUUCCACCCUCCUCCUUAAAUAAUCGUGUGUCACCCACUGCUGGAAGGAGACCAAGGAUUCCAUUAAACAAUGCAAUGAAUUCACCAAAUAUGUAUCAUCCCUCACAAAUGAAUGCUCGCAUGCUUGCCCCAAACAUGCAACAAUACAAUAUGGGAAAUCGACCAAGAGGAAGUGUUGGAAGACCACCCUACACCCCUCGUGGACCAUCCUCUAAUAGAAUGCCAGAUACCAGCAAUAUGCAAGGCUUUCCUUUUGUGCCAAACUAUCCUUUGCCACAAAUGGUACCUCCUAAUCAGCAAGGCCAGGGAUUAACCAUGAGAGCCAAAACAGUGAAUAUUCCACCUCCUCCCAACAUGUCUGGGCCCCACCAAGCACCUGGCCAUCAGGGCCUUAGGAUGCCUCUGCAGGGUCUACCUAAUGGUUCCCAAACAGCUCCACCCCCCUCUGGGAGAGAACAAGUUAACAGUGGCCCAAAAGUCAACGGAACAGCAGGAAACACUCCAGUGUCACCGCCACAAGAGAGAAAUGUGACUCAUAAUGGUCAAAAUCAAGCCAAAAAUAAAACUUCACCACCUGCUUUGGUUGAAAGUAUUAAAGGGGUUUGGCUUUCAGGCAAAAGCAUUUCCUGUAUGCAUUUAGACAGGCCUGGUAGACAGGGCAAGUUCUGCCUUGUGGAGGCUGUGUGCAAACUGUAUUUCAAUGGUUGCAGUGUGAAUGAAUUUCUGUAUGCUCUAGAGAAUGUUCUAAAGGUUCCCUUAGUUACCUGCACAGAUGAAGAGGAAAAAUCAUUUAUUCACUACUACAGUUUACCUGUUUCUGUCCUUAAGUGCAACAAAAUGAUCAAUUAUGAUGACUUAAAUGAGUACUUUCCUCAACUUUCUUAUGUGUUUCGAGAAAAAACAGGGUCAACUAGUGAUAGUCAGAGCAACCAAACAUCUACCUCAAACAAAAACCCAUCCAAAGGUAUCAAUGAGGAUUUAUCAAGAAAGCGACCUUUAACUACAAAUAGUGGGCCAGCGAGUAAGCAACCUUGUCGCAGACUGGAAGCAACUGUACAAAGACUAAUGAGUCAACAGGAAUCACAAACGGGAGAGCAUCCCAAUUAUCCUAAAAUGAAUGGGGAAUCCUCAGGGGGAGCUGUUAUUAUUUUGGAUUGAAUUGAUACCUCCAUAAAGUAUCAUUCUUUUCAAACAGAGACCACCAAAAGUCAGGCAUAAGAAAUUCUCCCUGUAUAUGGAACUUUGAGGACCAAAAAGAGCAUAUUCAAAGUAUGGACGUUGUGAUGAGUCAAGAAUCUGAGUUUAGGACAGUUUGGUGAAUUGCCUUCCAAGCAAGAGACAAAGGAUAAUAAUAAGUAUUCCAUGGUUAUAUAAAUGGCAAUACAGGAUCAAAGGUUGUAUGCAUGUUGCUAGCAAUAUGUUUUUGUACAUAGAUCAAAACUACACACAGUGUCCAAUAGUUGUGUAUAAUAAAUGUAUUGAAUCUCUGUCAAGCAAAAUAGAGAAGAGAUGCCAUGAUUCUGUGUAGAAAUGCUGUGCUUUUUCUGAUAGAGAAUUUUGAUAUGCAUAUUUAAUGUUUUGUAUAUUUUGUCUCAUUUGUGUUCAUUAUAAUAUUGGGCAUUAGAAUAGGACUGAGAACCAAAGAAGGACAACUCUUUCACAGAGCAAUAAUAUUAAUUUUGUAACUGUGUGUAAAUCUUUUUAUUUAUUCAUCUUAGCACACAAACAAUAUGAGUAAAACAGAUGUUUGAUUUUAUUACUUAAUUUUACUACUUAGAGAACAUUCAGUAAGUAUUAAAGAAAUGCUGACGAUCAAACUAUAUCAAAAUAAGUUCUUUGAUUUUUGAUGCAGAUACUUCUUUUUAUUUUAUUUUUUUUUAACUGUAAAUAUUUUGUUUCUUUGAAUAUGAUUUUGUGUUAGUAUAUAUAUUGUUAUGCCUAUACUUUAGAACCUUGUUUGAAAGUGCCACUAAUUUGGUAUUAUUUUGUAGUGCUGUAGAAAAAAUACAUUAUUAACAGUUAUUGUAGAAUUUUACAAACUGCUGAUUUUGUUUAUGUGGAAAUAGGAGGGGGUGUAAAUUUAUGAUUUUUUUUACUUUCAAUAUUGAUAGAAAACUUCUUACACAGAAGAAAUGGGCAUUCUUAAAAUUGACAGCAAUUCAGGGUACAAUAAUAAAUUAUUGUAGAAAAUUCAUAGUAACAGUCUUUCACAUCAUCAAAAUACAUGUAUGUCUAAUAUUCUUCCUUUGUCUUUAAUUUAAAAGGCAAAUCAAAUAAUUUUGCCAAAAGACCAGCAAUUUCUAAUUUUACUUGUUAAAUUUACUGUUUUUUGUUGAUUUAGUCAACAAGACCCCAUGUUUUUGUAAAUGUUUCCGAGCAUAUGUCUUUUUUCCCAAGUACUUACAGAAUAAUAUGUAUUCAAAAA